UGUAUCUAGUGUUGUGAUUUGUGGAUUGUGGAAGGGAAGGGCUGUGGCUGCUGGUUGGGUGUUUACUUGUAAUUCAGCGUCUGAAUUCAUAUCGAAAUAAUAAUAUUUUUAUGUAUCGUAGUGUUUUAGUAUUUCACUUUUAAGUAUAACUGAAAAUUUUUACUUAAUUUCUUUGUGUUUCCAUUAUAAGAGCUGUGAUAAUGUCAGUAAUUGAAAUGAGCAACAUUUUGCCUGGUGUUAAUGAUGCUUACAUAGUUGUAAUUUUAAGUAUGAUUCUAUUUUUCUGUAAUAACAUUUGGAUUUUAAAACUUAUAGUUCCUACUAGUGCAAGGACUUCACAGCGUCAAGAAUGGAAGUGGAGGAAUAUUGCAAAUUCAUUGAUCCAUUCAAUGAUUACGGGUUGUGGAGCUUGUGUUUGCUUUUAUCAGAGUCCAGAGAUUCGGAAAGACUUGAUUUCGAAAUGGACUAUUUCAAGUCAUUGUUUACUCGCAAUAUCUACAGGUUACUUUAUAUAUGACAUGUUUGACAUGCUUCUCAACGACCCUAAGUCAAAAACCUUUGAACUUCUAGUACAUCAUAUGCUGGUUAUAAGCUGCUUCACCACUGCCAUUACUACGUACAACUAUGAAGGCUACGCUAUAAUGGCCUUGUUAGUGGAAGUUAACAGCGUGUUCCUUCACAUCCGACAGUUGAUGAUCAUUCAGAACUGGAAUCGUAAGACCCUUUCCUACCGCCUCAACAGCUCUCUAAAUCUUGGUACUUUUGUUGUAUUCCGUAUCCUCACCAUGGGAUGGAUGACUCGUUGGUUGAUCCAGCAUCGUUACGAUCUGACUCCAUUUGCAUUCAACCUCGCAGGCAUAUCUCUGGCCGUGAUAAUGGUGAUGAAUAUUGUUUUGCUGCUGAGGGUGCUGAAGUCUGACUACCAACAGCGGCCGACCCAGCACAACCCAGACCUCCAGGUGCUGCACACCAAGGCUAGUUAAGCCCCACCACUCUCGCCGUGAUCUCGCAGAGUUCCGAGUACGGGUUCAGCAAGUGAAUCUCGUUUCGGAAACUCUCUAAAACACUGUAGUCCUAGUGAUUUAGAAAAAAGGCGUUGCACAAUAUUGGCCUUCCUUGUAAUUUAAUGGUGCAAACUCACUAGUGUUUUAAGCGUUCAAUACCUUAUUGGUAAAUUUGACACUACGAUCAUCUAGAAUAGAUACACAAUCGUAUUUUUGCAUAUUAGAAUAGUGAUCACGGGCGUGAUAGCCUCAGCCACCGAUAGUUUUGUUUCACCCCUAUUGUGUGUCGAGGCCUGAUGAGAUUUGUAGAUAUUUCUAAAAUUAAAUCUCGCAAUAAAGAUUUUUUACAAAAACUGACACAAAAAUGUUAUAGUAUUACUAGACGUCAAGAGCAAAUUUGUAGGAAUAUUUUUUAAGUGAUCCAAUAGAUGAUUGGAUUAGUUUGUAUUCAUUUUAGAGUUGUCCUUAGAACGUUUGCUUGUUUGUUUAUAACAUUAGAGCCGAGUAAAUGUUUUGUUGUUCAUAAAUAAUACAAAGUGAUUGAUGACUAACAACUGUUAUGUGACGAAGUGUUGCUUUCACCACUGUAUAUAGUAUAUAAAGUUGUUGCUUUUUAUGUGAAAUCAGUAAACCAAUAUAGUAUUUAUUUAUUUGCCAAACAGCUUUAAGUUCUCUUUUUGGCUUACUAAAACUAAAUACACAGCUAAUCUAUUAAGUUGGUCUGACAACAACAAUAAACAUCAUAAUUUCAUUUAUUGUUGACUCAUUUAUACAGUUAAUGAUAAAGCAGUGAAGAGUGUGAUGAGAAUUCUGGGUUUCUAAAGUAUUAAUGUGCUUAUGAAUGUAUCCAUGAACCAGUAUUAAUAUUUAAAAUGGAAAAUAUAAUUUAAAGCAUAAGCCCAACUUUGGAUGUAUCAAAUGCUAAGCUAUAUGCAAUUGGAGUAUAGUUUAUGUCUUCAAAAUUAAUAAACACACCCUUCUCAUUAAUAGAAUCCUGAAAGAAAACGUAGAACUAACUAAUUGAACCAAACUUUCAAUUAGAGAUAAAUUACUGCCAUAAAUUUACACUCGUUUUCAUAUUUGCCAAUUGUUGAUUUUUCUGCGUUUUUAUCAGUAGAUUUGAGAUUAGAAGUAUAUUAGGAGGUAGGUGUUGGGAUAUUUACUCUAAGAAAAACCAGUGUACACUGCCUCCUAAUUUACCACUUAGUACAAAUAUUUGUUGUGUGCAAUUAAAAAUUGUAAUAAUGCAAUUAUCAAUACUGAGGAAUUAGGAUUCCAAGCUGUCUUUUCAGUUCUUUUUCUUUUUUUUCAAAAGCUGUGAAAGGAACCAUAUAAAAAAGUAAGUAGUAGAAACUGAGUAAGCUAUUUUUUAUUUUAUUUGCAUUAUAAAUUAAAACGGGUGCAUUUGCCUGUUGACUCUGUCAGAACGGUUGAGUUCCCUUUACAUAAUUAAUAAUUGUCCUCAUACAUUUUUGCACUAUCAGUGACAUUUACAUUCUAAGUAUUUUUAAGGUAGGUUAAUUAAUUUGCAAGUGUCUAAACAAAUGUGAAAUCUAAAAGUGUCUCUUACCAAGUGUUAAGACAAUUGGCCUUCUAGAUUUUAGAAGAGACCUCCCUCGAGAUUUAUUAUGUUUUGCUCUCUUGCAACAUGUUUUGUUCAAUCAUAGUUAGUUCAUGAUUCUCAUUAUCAUCAUAUAUAUUACCUGCAGGUGAAAAUGCUCAUUUCUUGUUUGCUGUAGGAAAUGAAGACAGAUGUGUGAUACUACACAAACAAAAUUAUUGCUAGUUACAUUAUUUGAUAAACACGUCCCACCUAUUUAUAGAGGCUAAGUGAAACUGAUAAUUUCACAAGUUGAUUAUGUUUUCGAUCUUUAAUGAAAUAACAUUGAUUUGUGUUUAACUUUUUAUUUUCUAUCCAUAUUUACCCUUGUCAACCAAGGAAAAAGGUGUUUUCUUGUGUAUGCACUGUGGCAAAUCAAAAAUCAAUAUGGGAUGUCAUUAUUCCUAGGUGAAGAUUGGAUGGACAGAAUGAACAGAUGCAAUUUUGAUAAUACGCACACUAGGCUGGAAUGAGCAUACGAAAUACACACACUUUCAUAAAGCAGGGACUGUGGGAGCUGAGCUUUGUGGUUAAUCGUGUAUAUUUGCUUUGACCACUUUUUAGAAAAGAUCUUUUGUUGUUAAGAAAUAUUGUAUUUUGAAAACACUAUUUUUAUAUAAGUUCAGCUCCAUUUCAUCUUCCACUAAAUGCAGCAUCUGAAAUAUGACACUGUCACAGACAACAUUUAUGACUCUUCUCCUUUAUCUCUUUGUAAUUUCUGUGUACUUUUUAACUAAAACUAAAGACUGUUGAAAUCUUUGAACAAUAAAAAAUAACAAUAAACAUUAUCGUCCAUAAAUGCUUGAAGUUUAUCAUCUCUGUUAUUGAGACAUAGGUACUACAGUAGGGACCACCAGAAAGUGCAGUUGAGGGAGGAGCCUAUUUGGCACGUGACCUUGGAGUAGCCAACGAGGACUGAACAACGUUGCCAAAUUUGUCCCCUGCUGCACCGUGCCAGGCGGCAGUUGAUGAGUUGUCGCACAAGCCUGUCCAUUCUAUUGGUCACAGCCAAGUGCAUUCUUUCAUGACCCCUACUGUAGUUGUCCAGUGCUGUCCAUCCAGUCCAAGUACAUUAGGUCCUAUUAUAUUAAUUUUUUUAUUGCUAUGACGCCUGCACGCUAGGCCUAAAAGUUCAUCAAUUUAGAAAUAAAAAACCCAGUGAAAAAUUAAAAUCAGCAUAAAUAUGUGUAUUGUAAGUACUAUUGGAUAUGCAAGAGUAUUACAUACUCCUAUCUACAAAUUUGGCAAAUUUCUAAAUUUAUGUGCUGUAAAUAAAUGUUAUUUCUGAUUUAACUACAGUAGUAAAAAUAUUAUAGGUUUUUGAUUUGAUUAACGCAAAUCAUAUACAUCAGAUGAUUUGAUGUGAAUGCAAAAAUAACAAAACACUAGUUUACACAAUCAAAAUUGCAUGCUUUAUGUUUGUUUUUGAUGAGGAUUAGGGUACUAGGAAUAAAUGUUGUGGAAUUAAGCACAAUUAAGCUGAUCAUGCACAAGAGUUCAAAUCAAAUGUAAAUGACAAAUUGUAUAAACUAUAGAGUUACAGAAGCUCCUAUUUAUGAGUUGUAUUUUUUAAUGUAACAAAUUAUUUUUAUUUAGCAGCAAUAUAUUUGUUCAAUACCAAAGAAUUUUUACAUUGAAAAUAACUAGAUAUUUGUAUAUUUUAUAGAAAACUAUUAGUAUUUUAUUUUAUUUGUUAAAUACGAGAUGAGUUUAGAUAUAAAUUUUAUAUGCCUAUUAGAGGUUAAAAUUGUUUGUUGUAAGAGUACAAUUUUAUGCUUAAUUAAAUGCUAUAAAUAUUUCCUUUAAGUGAAAUUAAUUAUUUUUUUGCUUUGCUUUAAAUCCUUUUGUUAUUUAAAUAACAAUCUGCUAUAUUCGGAUUGCAUAAAAGUAGACAUUUCAGGCUAUUCAUCUCACAGGUGUUUGAAAACUGGAAAGAAAUUAUUGUUUGUUCAAUUAACAUAAUACAUUAUCACAAAAUCUGCACAUUUCACUCAAUAGCCUAAAACAAGAGGAUUUUAAUGUCUACUUUUGUGAACUUAUGUACACACUGGUGUAUUAAACUCCAGAACUGCUGAAAUUGAAUAAGAUGUUUCAGAGAUUAUACAAGUUUUUAGAUAAAAAUGUUUUAAGUGUAGUUUAUUGAUAAAGAGAAGCUGUAGUAAGAUUUAAGUAAGUAACAAAAUAUCCAUAGGUGGAACGACCAUGUUGCAUAUUCAUAUUGAUAGACUGGCAAAUUAAAAAAAAACUAUAAAAAUCAGAAAACUAUCAGUGAGACCACUAGAAAAUUGUGUGUACGAAUGUAUAUAUAUAUAUAUAUAUAUAUAUAUAUAUUUUAAGAAGAGGUCUAUCCUCUUUAAGCCUUAUUCUUCUUGUCCUCAUGGGCCAUUGGCCUGUGCAAUCAGGCAGAAUAAGGAGAAGAGUUGAUACAGUAUAAGGUUGAUGGUACUGAUAAAAAGUGCUACAAUAGCAGACAAGAUUUGAACCUGCGCUAUCUCUAAAUCAGAUCCAAAGUCUGACGUCAUAGACCGCUCGGCCAUCGGCACUCCUAAGAUGUAUGAAAAUAAAAUCAGGUCUGUUAUAAAAGCUGGUAAAUCCUUUGGACAUUUUGUAUUGUUAAACACAUACAACGUUUUGAGAUCUUCAAUCUGAUCUUUUACUCAUGUAACAAACCUGACAUUUAAAUUACGAACUAGGUUUAAGUGAACACAUUAUAUGAGGAUGAGUCUUAUUUAAGCAGACUUUAAAAUUUACUUUCCUUAGUGGAGUGUCAAGGUCAAUGUGCUAGAAGUUUGGAGAAAGCCUGCAAGAGGUUACAUUCUUUGUUUUGCAUAAUUUUAUAAAGUAUUUAACUAACAAAUAUGUUAAUCCUGUUAAAAUUUUGACUUGGAGGCGCUUUGGCACACUGUGCUUGCCAAUUUUACCCAUUGGGAAAAUGUUACAAGCUAUGUUUUUUUACGUAACACAAAGCCAAUAAAAAGGUUCUGUACAACAUCAACACAACGAGGAAUCCGUCAUAGCAGUCUGCGUUUAUGUUGUUGACAGAAAGUACUUAAGAGUAAUAACAGGUGAUAACAAAUAAAGCUUAUUUUGGGAGGACUGCUCAUACUGCAAAUUAUGUACUAUUAGUCCUAGUGAAAUUGGACAAAACUGAAAUUUUAGAAAUUGAAAUUGAAAAAAUCAUCACAAAUUUUUUAUUUAAAAGAAAAAAGUUAUAGUUUGUUUAUCAUACAAUCCUACUUUGCAUUUUUAACCGGGUACGUGUAACGUCUGUCUGUUAGUGGAGUUACAGUCUAAAAACUAAUGUGAUAUUUGAAAGGAAAAUAUUUUAUAAAAGAGGUUUGAAAAUUCAAAAGCUGAAUUCAUGGAUUUUUGCCAUUGUGCCUAGACAAGUGUACACAUGCAUUGUCUUGAACAGCACUUCUUUGCCAAAUGCGGCUGUUUUUGUUUCAAAUCAAUGUUGAAUCUUUUCAAAAGUUCUGAAUAAUAUUCGCAGGUGAUCGUUUUACCCUUCUCAAGGUAAUCAAUGUGAAUGACACCCCGUGCACCUAAAAAAACUGCGACCAUGACCUUGUUGACUGACAGACUCACAUUGGCUUUCUUUGGUCCACAUUUACCCCGAGCAACUGUUUUGAUUGUCCCUUGUCUCUGGCAUGUUGUGAUGGAUCCACGUUUCAUCCACAGUUACAAAUCGGCGCCAAAACUCAUCUGGAUUACCACUGAACAUCGAUAAACACUCUUUUGAAGUGGUCACAUGGUUGUGUUUAUGGUGGAGUGUGAGUAAUCGUAGCAGUUACUUUAAAGUUACUGCGCGGGAAAUUCAAAAAGUCACUGACUUAUCAAACUGUCCUCAUAUCAAGGUUCCACUUUAUUUACAUUUAGAAGGAUAGAGGCAAACAUAUUCUGAUAUUGAACACUUUUCUGUCGCUAAGACUUUUCAUCUAAAUUAAGUAAGUGGUGAACUUUAUUACAGGUAUAAGAAGAUAAAACGGUUUGGAAUAUUGAAAUUCUGUCUGUGGUGUAGAUUUAUAAUACUACUUAUCUUAUAUUAGUAUUCAUGUAUUAUUAUUGUUAUUUUAUGUUUCCUAUUUAUACAUAUUUAGUUAAUGUUGUGUUCAGUAAAGUUUUGUAUGACAAAUAUUUACCUUCUGUAUUCAUUUCUAUAUGUAUUAAUUUUAUACAUUCAUUGUGUUAACACAGUAAAUAGAAAUAACUUGUUUCUCAAAUGUGCAAAAGUUGAAACUGCUUUAUCUACUUUUUAGAACAGCGUUAUGCUAUUGUCUUGGGUGUUGUCAUUUUUGCUAUUCUUAAAAUUUGUACUUUCUUCUUAAAUAUUCGUGAACACGAUCAAACCCUCAUUUUUAUUUUUAGAUAAGGUGAAAAAGAUUGGAAAGUCAAUUUACUAGGGGCGGUUAAUUUUUUUUCUCUAAAAGUUGUUAUAUGUAUUUCCUAUUAAUGAAAAAUCAGCCGAUCACAACAAAAAUGUUUCAGAAGAAAUAUUCUUUAACAAAUGUUACUACAUUCCCAAGAAAAAUGUUGGCAUUCACAUUGUCAGUUUAUUUUAAGCAGGAUCCCUAUUCCUUUCAUGCCACAUCUUGAUCAAAUACAUUUGUGAACUGUGAUGCUCCAAAUUUGUUGACAGAUUUUUAAAGUAAAUACAAAAAAUUAUUGUAUAUUUUAUGUUUUAAAAGUUAGAAUCGUCCAGUUUUUCACAUUAGAGAUUUAAAAUUAUUCAGUAUUUCAAAAGUUUGAGUAAACCAAGUUUCACUGUAAAGCAUGGCUGCAUAUUCCGUGUCGGAGCAAAUCACAACUUCAAACCAACCUUUUUAUAACUUUUGAAGUAAAGAAAGGAAUGUUACUUGGCACUCAGCCUAAACAAAGUCAUCACUCCUUUCAAAUAAUUAAUGAUCCAUGUCGUAGUGUGCUAUUUGUUGUGCUCUCGAUAAAUCAAUCUCUCAACCAAUCAAUUGUAUUUGUGCUCACAAUAAUAAUCACUCAAAUAAUCUGUAUUCUACGAGGCACGUCCAGAAAGUAAAUGUACUGGUACUCUCACAGCUGUAGAGAAUACUUUUUUGACAUGUUGGCAACACUGCGGCGUAGCUAGAAUCCUCCCCUUCAAAAUGAGACCAAUCCGAGGUUAGUGUGUUAAAAACUCUUGACGCAGUAGCAUCUCUCGCGAAAAAUGUCAAUCGUAUUUCUCGCCUAGUGCGAAAUUCGCGCCGUCACUACGCGGCAGUGUUGCCAACAUGUCGAAAAAGUAUUCCCUACAGCUGUGAGAGUACCAGUACACUUACUUUCUGGACGUGCCUCGUAUUUGAGUGUUUUAUCUUGGUGCUCUCUAUUAAGCAUUAGUGCUUCCAUCAGACUUUUUCACAAUACGUUUGUACUCUGUGUUGUCUACGUAUUGUGGUUCUAUUUCAAGAAACUACCUCCUACUAUAUAUAAUGGUUUGCUCCAUUUUGAAGAAGCUCAUGUUUGUUGGAACCUCACAAUCAAUGAACCUUAAAUAAAAAAAUAACUUUGUGAAUUGAACACGUAAAAAAAUACUAACUUUGUGAAUUGAAUACGUAAAAAAAUACUAUAGGUAGUGAAUACCAUACGUAAUUACAUUCCACUUGGACAAGAGGCUGUGCAUUGAUUUUUAUAACAUGAAAUUUUAAUUGGAUUAGGUCACUAGAUUAUUAAAAUGUUUUUGUUUCAAAUUAAAGAAAAAUUUAUAAAUCGGAUACAAAUACUAACCUUCCACUUCAGAAUAAAUUUACGUUUUCUCUGUGUUGAAUUUCUGUAAUCCUGUUUGUUCACAAAAUAAGAUGUUGUUGUCCUUACAUUUAUAAUUAUAGGUUGUGAACCAAUAAGAAUAGUUUCAAUCCUUAUGUAAUUAAUUUAAUUAUUUUUGUAUAAACAAACCCCAUUAAAAAGCUUGUCCGUAACCACUGUGUGAACAUGUUUGUAGUGCCAUAGUAUAGUAACCUCUCGCCAAGUGCCCUCGUCAUGUUAAGCUGUGAUAACAAGCACUUAGCUGCAUUCUGUACUAUACAAGUUCUUUUUAUUUCCAUCAGUAAAGUUCUUUUUCCACCUG